AUGUAUUCUUAUUUCGAAUUACCGGACGAAGUUCUUUCUUAUCAUGGUGAAGAUUUUUUUGAUUUAGUAAGUAAAAAAUGUGGAAACAUUGUAAAAGAAUUGAUGGAAAAGCUUUCUAUCGAUUCUGUUAAAACAUUACUUGGAGUUGAAGAUGAUAUUUUCUCUUUUCUAAAAGAAAAUUGUAGCGCUCUAAAAGAUAUAAAGGAGCGAGCAUGCUUAUGCCUAGAUGAUGGCACAGUUAUUAUCAAACCAGGCUUACGUAUCGAUUUAGAUCGAUUCGUUGCGACUUUACGUGCCAAGAGUAUUCAAAAUAUAUCAUUACAAUCAACUACAAUAUCAUCUGAUGAUAAUUCUUCUCAAUCUAAUACACUAAUAAAUUCUGAUACGUUGGAAGAAAAUAAAAAUUCUUUUCUUAAUACCUUGAUCAAUAACAUUACCAGUAACAGCAAAAAAUCGAAGAACAAUUAUCGAUAUAAUACAAAAGUGCAAAAUUUUGCUCAAGCAUUAUAUAUUAUGGGCGGACGCAACACAUACGAAUAUAUUCGUCUAAAUCUUCCAGGUUUAGUACCAUCGAUCACUUCGGUUGAUGGUUCUAUUACAAAAGCUGGUGGAAAGAUCGUUGAAGGUGAAUUUCGAUAUGAUGCUCUCAGCGAUCUCCAAAUUUCAAACAAUUAUCAACUUGCUGUCUGCUCCGAAGAUUGUACAGGUGUGAUCCAGAAGGUGGUAUAUGAUGCAUCUACUAACACAUUCAUAGGAUUCUCAACUCCACUCGAUCAUGGAGUACCUGUUCCACAAUUUUUUCAAACUGAUUCGUAUGAUCAAUUGAAAGAGUGGUUCGAGAAUGAAGAAAAAUCAAAUCUUUUAAACGUUCAUAUGUUAGAACUUCUUACAAUAUCUAAAUCGUCGUCGACUUCAUUUCUUCUAGGAGCUUAUGGAAUUACAAGCAAAUUUAACUCAAUUGAUGUUCUUCGUCGUUGGCUGUGGAUAUUUGAACGUUCUCGGAUUUCGAAUAUUCGAAUUCUUGCUUUCGCAACGGACUGUGAUCCGAAAUAUUUACGCGCUAUGCGCCUCAUUACAGGAUUUUUUGCUAAACUACCUAACAUACCUAUAAGUGAACGCAACGAUGUGCUAGAAGUGAAGUUACCAAAGAACUGGUCUUCAUGGUUCUUCAUGCGAACACGUCAGUUAUUUUUUUGUUUUCAGGAUCCAGUACACCUCUGCACCAAGAUUCGUAAUCGUCUUCUUUCUCAAUCUGCUUCAAUGUUUAUUGGAAACGGAAAAAUAUCAGUCGAUGUACUCUUUGAUUUAAUUAACAACCAAUCGAAACUAAUCCAUGGAUUAGUAAAAACGGAUGUCUAUCCAAAAGACCGACAAAACUUCAGUUCAUGUGCUAAAAUUUCAACUGAUGAUGUUUUAUCUGCUCUCAAUAAUGUUUCUGAUUCUUAUGCCACACAAAUUUACUUACGUCUGUUGCGUAGUAUUAUACUAGCUUAUAUUGAACAAAGUACAUCAAUUCUUGAUCGAAUAUAUCAUAGUUGGAUUACAGUAUUCAUUUGCCGACUUUGGUGGGCUUGGUUGCAGUUAACUGAUGUGGAAGAAAUUUCCACAGAAUAUCAGGACAAAAAUAAAGCUUUUUUCUUUAUUACAAAAGCUGCUUAUCAUUCUAUUGAAAUCAAUGCACACACAUUACUAUCAGUUGUUCUUCUUGUUUGUCAGCAUGAUCUGCCUGAAUCUGCUCUAUCUAUAACAAGUUUUAAUUCACAGAUGUGCGAAAAUAUAUUCAGACUAACAAGAUCAAUGUCUGGGACAUUCUCAUCAAAUGUGAAUUUUACUGUCGGACAAUUUCUCCGACGAGCUGGUAAACUUUCAGUAUUACAAGAUAUUGAAAGACAAAAUGAACAUAAUCUAUCAGAAUGUUCUUUACAAUUUCCUAAACAUCAUAAGCGACGUCACAGAAAAGAUAUGUCAAUAAAUAAUCGUUUAGAUGUUUCUAACAACAUAUUAACACAAAAUACGAUUGAAAAAACCAUCCAUCGUGCUUUUGAUGAUGCUUAUAAGAUGUUAUCUGUACUUGGUAUUGAUGUAAUUUUAGUAAGAGAACAUCGAAACGCUUUAAAUGAACUGAGUACAUAUGUACGAGUUCAGAUUGAAAAUACUUCUCAUACUACUGAUUUUAGUGAAAAUUGGAACGGUUAUUCCGAUGAUGAAUCAGAUUCAGAAGAAGAUAAUGUUCAUGAUCAAUAUGAUGUAACUUCGGAAAGUUCUUCAGAGGAUGAAGCUGAUGAACUAACAAAUAACUCUGGUCACAAAAGAUCGCAAUUUAAAGGAUUACGAAUCUUCAAUGAAAUUCCUGCUUCUCAAUCGAAUUCAUACUUUCGUAUUAAUGUAGACGGAAAUGAAAAAUAUAUGCAUAAGCAAACUGCCAGCUGGCUUCUUACCGAUAAUAAACCUACACUAUCGGCAGAUCGACUUCAACGUGUACAAAAGAGAAGUCGAUAA